AUGGACACUUCAAGAUUUUUAAGAAAGGAGGAAGAAAUAAUUCGAGACUUAAAAUCGGAAUUGUAUAAACGUGAAUUAGAAUUGGAAGGGGUUAAAACUUUGAAUGAAUCAUUAAAAAAUAAAAUUACACUUAUGACCAACAAUGAAAUAGAAUUGGAACACUUAAAAAGAGAAAGUGCCCGAUUAAGAAAUGAAUCUGUGAAAAGCCAUCAAGAAAAAGAUGACGUAAUGAGUUUAAAUUAUACUCUUAGUGAGCAAGUUAAAAAUUUACAGGAAGAAGUAAAUAAUUUGAAAAUUGGAAGAGUUGUAAAUACUGAAGGUGGGUUAGUUUGUGGAAAAGUAGAUGAAGGAUGCGUUAAUAGUUUAUUCUACUGCGAAAGAAUCAAUGGAUCAAUUUUGCUUAUAAAUUCUGCUAUUUUUAUAGAAUUAGUUCAUCAUAAUGUUAGGUGUGAUUCAUGCAGUGAAAUUAUAAAAGGGUUUCGUUAUAAAUGUGGACAUUGCGCGGAUUUCGAUCUCUGUGCCUAUUGUGUAGGAUCAGAACAUAAUAACAAUCAUGUAUUUUUAAAAAUUCGAAAUCCUAUAUUUAUUGAUUCAAGAAUAAUUUUAUUACCACCUUUUAGAUAUCGUAGUAUUCAUGAAGAGGUUGGUUGUGAUAUUUGCGGACAGAAUCCAAUUCAUGGGAUCAGAUAUAAAUGCGGACAAUGUGCAAAUUUUGAUAUAUGUAGUAAAUGUGAAGAAAAUAUAAGUGAAUCACAUGAUCAAUCCCAUCUAUUUAUAAGAUUAAAUAGACCAAUUCGUACAGAAGCUAGGUUGGUUUCUAUACCACUUUUACCAAAUUUUCUUCCUGAU